AUGACUGAAGAGAUUGAAGAUCCAGGGACUUCAGUCGAUCAUAUUGCGGACGACGAACGUCAACUCGAAGAGAUGGCGAAACAGAAGUCAGGCGAGGAUGUGGCUUUGGACCCCGAUUGGAUAGACGUGAAACAAUUUGAAACAUCGCCGACAGUUCGAGCGGUCCUUUUGAGAAAACACGGCACCGGUGGUGUUGCCAGAGUUAAUGCCAGCCCUUCGAGAUACACACUGACCAACAAAUUGACUGGGAUCGUUCUUGUUGCUGCAAAACCUGGUGAAAACAUCGUCUUGUUAGGAUACCCGUCUGUUCGGAUAGAAAUUUGCAAAGCAGCAAGUGUCGUUUGGGUCAUAGAGAAGCAGCAUAAGACAAAAACGGUCGCGCCGAGUGAGGAUAUCUUCUCAAGAUUUUCACGGGCCUCUACUCUUGUGUGGCGUGUCGUGGUUGGUCGCUGCUUCAAUGAGGUAGAAUCUUCCUUCAAGAUAUGCGAGUUGCUGCCGUUCCCUUGGUUACAUUUCACCAUGCCAGCAAUCGAUGACUUAGAGAAGAGUGCGGACAAUCCCUUGGCAUCCCCAGAGGUCAUCUGUGCGUUUGACAAGCUACUAGCGAUAUUAAAAGUGCAGAGGCCAGGUGGUGAUGGUUCCCGCAUUAAAGAUGCUCGCAAGGAAUGCCGCCAGACUGCACACAGAAAUGUGGUCCUCUACUCCAUGACCAAUCGAUAA